AUAAUUACGAUUAGAAAAAUCCUAAAAGUUAUGAAUUAUUAAAAAUUGAGAUAGAAAAAAUGUAAUCUAUCUCGAUCCAAAUAAUAUUCAAAACUGGGUUGAUGGCUAAAAACAACCCGAAGCAACCCAAAAUACAAUUUCUCUCACUAGAAAACCUUCUCUCUCUCACUAGGCUGUUGCUCAAACGGAGCGGAUCAGGUGGAAUAGUGGAUUUAGAUAUUUUUAAGUGCAUAAAUUUUCCCAGUGUUAGGGCGCUAGUUCAUUUUCCAAAUUCCCUAGACUAUAGUGUCGAGGUGCCAAAAAAUUAAUACGUCUUGGAAGUAAAAAAAUGAAAGAAACAAGUAUAAACUGCAGAAAUACGAAGAUAGGGGCUGAUUUUUAAUCUCUCUUCAAGUAUAAACAGGGUGCUAGUUCAACUUUUUCAUUUAUAUGCCAUUGUUGUUUAUAAUAGACCCAUGGGAUGUAUACUUAACAUUGGAUAACCUUUGAUUUUGUUGCAUUACUGACUGAUACUUUUCAUUUUCACAUUAACUAAGGUUUUUUUUUUUUUUGAACUUUCAGGUGACAUGAAGUUUAUCAGGAUAGUGCUUUCAACUUUUUUUUUUUGGGUUAAUCUUAUUCUGUUUGUACCGUUUGCUUGUGAAAGUUUCAAUGUUUUUCUCUUCUCCUUUAAUAGCACGCUAUCCAGGUUAUUGUAUUCUAUGAUGGCAAGUCUUUUGAUCCAAAGGAGUACUUUCUUUCCUCCUAUUUUAAGUUUUUUUAUUUUUUGGUAAAAAAUUGUGCAUUACAUGCAACUUGAUAGUUCUCUUCAUCUUAUAUUAACUCUGAUUGACCCUUUACUUACAGUAUUUUUGUUUGUUGGUCAAAUCAUUUGCUUUAAUGGGCAUAACUUAUCACCCUAUAAUCCAAACAUCUUGCAUUUUAAGCAUUCUAAAAUUCACAUUUUUGCUGAUGAGCAAUAGCCCUAUUCCCUUUAUUUCUUAUAACAGCACUUACAUUGCGGGAUACUGAAAGCAUGGUUGAUGACACGACUGAAAGCAGGCUAUAUGUUGGAAAUCUUGACCAAAGAAUAACAGAAGCCAAUGUGAUCAAAAUUUUCUCUCCUUUUGGGAAAAUAAUAUCUGAAGAUUUCUUAUGGCACACUCGAGGUCCUAAGAAAGGGGAACCUCGUGGUUAUGUUUUUAUCCAAUAUAGUUCCAAAGAGGAAGCUCAACUGGCAAAGACAGAGAUGAAUGGAAGGUUGGCUUAUGGACGCCCUUUGGUUGUUCGUUUUGCAAGUGAGAAGUACUUGAUGGAUGCUAAAGAUCCAGCGAAAGCCACAUUUGAUCUCAGAAAACCAUGCUCUUCUUCUUCAGGAGGUGGAACUGGCCAAAUGAGCCGAAGUGCAAAGAUUGCAGCAAUCAAGAAUAAACUGAAGGCUUUGGAACAGGAGGGAUGUAGCUUCAAGAAAUCAAAGAGGGCAGAGAGCAUUUAUGCUUGCAGUGAGGAUGGCAAGGAGGAAGAAUGAUUGUUGAUUUUCCAAGAUUGGGAUCAGAAACCACUACACUUUGAUAUUUAUGCAAUAUGGAACAUUGUAAGAAACGCAAUCUCUGUAUUUAGGCUUUGUUUGGGACUGCUUUCGUACUGUUUCUUAAAGCAGUUUUUAGUAUAAAAAAUUAAAAUUUUUGUACUAAAAAGUCGCUUUAAAAAGUAGUAAAAAAAGCCGACCCAAAUGAACCUUUAAUGUGCAUCAUGGGCCUUCAAAGCAUUGAUGAAUGGUCAAGUUGUGAGAAUAGAUAACAAUGUUGUUGUAAGCUUAGUUGUCAAUUACCUUCCGAGGGGAUGUUUGAGGGAGGCUAAUAGAGAUUUAAGAUUAGUUUUCCUCCUUGCUUGAUUUUUUAUUUUUUAUAGCUAUAUGUUUCUUGUUUUAUAAAUAUAAAAGUGAGAGAAAAAUUGCAUGAGAAUAUUCUAAUGA